GCUAGGCUAACGAGCUGCAGCCAUGGACAAAGCCAAGUCAAUGAUGGACAAGAAGGGGUCUUCGGGACCGUUUCAUAUCAACGGGCAAAGCCAGAGGGGAGUCCACGGCUAUGUUGUUCUAAACGGCGACUGCAAGAGUGCACUCAGUCCGAGUGAAACCAGCAACCCCCUUGAAAAUGUGCAUCACUUGCACCAUCGCGGCGAUGCAGAAUGCAACGGAUCCCCUGCAAAAAAAUGCAGACUCCGAAAAAGGACGGAGUCGAUGAAACGUAGCAGACCCCCCUUCCCUUGGUUUGGUAUGGACAUUGGAGGAACUCUGGUGAAGCUGGUUUACUUCGAGCCCGUUGACAUAACUGCAGAGGAAGAACAGGAGGAAGUAGAGAACCUCAAGUCCAUUCGCCGCUACCUCACCUCCAAUGUGGCCUAUGGGAAAACGGGUGUCCGUGAUGUCCACUUGGAGCUGAGGAACCUGACCAUGUGCGGACGGACGGGGAACCUCCACUUCAUCAGAUUCCCCACGCAGGCCAUGCACCGCUUCAUCCAGAUGGGGCGCGACAAGAACUUCUCCAGCCUGCACACGAUGCUCAGCGCUACUGGAGGCGGAGCUUACAAGUUUGAGAACGACUUUCGCACGAUGGCUGACCUGGAACUGCUGAAGCUGGAUGAGCUGGACUGCCUGAUCCGUGGGCUGCUGUUCGUCGACCGCGCAGGUUUCAACGGCCACCCUGAGUGCUACUACUUCCAGAACCCCUCAGACACCCAGAGCUGUGUCAAGGCACCCUGCAGCCUGGACAACCCCUUCCCCAUGCUGCUGGUCAACAUAGGGUCCGGGGUCUCCAUACUGGCUGUGUACUCGCAGGACAACUACAAACGCGUCACUGGGACGAGUUUGGGUGGCGGUACAUUCCUUGGGCUUUGCUGCCUCCUGACAGGAUGUGAAACGUUCGAGGAGGCAUUGGAGAUGGCCAGCAAGGGCGACUCCACCAACGUUGACAAGCUGGUUAAGGACAUCUAUGGCGGGGACUAUGAGCGGUUUGGCCUGCAGGGCUCUGCGGUGGCAUCCAGCUUUGGUCACAUGAUGAGCAAGGAGAAGAGAGACAGCAUCAGCAAGGAGGACCUGGCAAGAGCCAUGCUGGUCACCAUUACGAAUAACAUAGGAUCCAUAGCACGCAUGUGUGCUGUCAAUGAGAAAAUUGAGCGUGUGGUCUUUGUUGGGAACUUCCUGCGGAUCAACACGGUGUCCACCAAGCUGCUUGCCUAUGCAAUGGACUACUGGUCCAAAGGACAACUGCGGGCCCUCUUCCUGGAACAUGAGGGUUAUUUUGGAGCCGUGGGGGCACUGAUGGAGCUGCUAAAGACAACGGAGGAGCCAUGAAGGAAAAUGCCUGGUUGUGACAUCUGCAGUCCUGGAUGCUGUGAUGUAAUUAGCCCUUGAAG